AUGGAAGCAAAACAAAGUACCGUCUCAAUUUUUAUGUUCCCAUGGCUAGCACAUGGCCACAUCUCACCCUACUUAGAGCUAGCCAAAAAGCUCUCAACAAGAAACUUCAAGAUAUACCUAUGUUCCACCCCAGUCAACCUCAGUUCCAUCAAAAGAAAACUCUCUGAAAAGUACUCAAACUCAAUCCAACUGAUUGAACUCCAUGUACCACCAUUUCCUGACCUCCCUCCGCCGUACCACACCACCAAAGACCUCCCUCCCCACCUCAUGCCCACCCUCAAAAAGGCCUUUGACUCCGCCGAACCCAACUUCUCUCUCCUCCUCAAAGCCCACAAACCAGACCUCCUCAUCUAUGAUUUUCUUCAGCCUUGGGCUCCGGUGGUCGCCGCCGAGUAUGGUAUUCCGGCGGUGGACUUCAUCACUAGCAGCGUCACCAUGACCGCCUUCAUGCACCACCUCUAUAAAGACCCACUUAUCACUUUUCCUUUUCCAUCCAUUUAUCUUCGUGAUUAUGACAAAGUAGAAGUAUCCCAUUUGCUCAAUCCUUCGAAAAACCUCGACAAGGACAAGACUCGCUGUUUCGAGUGCCUUGAUCGAUCAUCAGAGAUUGUUCUGAUCAAAACUUUUAAAGAAGUUGAAGGAAAGUACAUUGAUUAUCUCUCUGGUUUGGUUGGGAAGAAGAUUGUGCCUGUCCCUCUUGUCCAAGACUGCGUCGAUGACAACGAUGACAGCGGGAUUAUUGGGUGGCUGGAGAAGAAGGAGCGGCGGUCCACAGUGUUUGUUUGUUUUGGCACCGAGUAUUUUUUAUCGGAGGAUGAGAUUGAAGAGAUAGCUUAUGGAUUGGAGAUUUCUGGUGUUAAUUUUGUAUGGGUUGUGAGGUUUCCAAUGGGAGCAAAUACAAGUGUUGAGAAGGCAAUGCCUAGAGGGUUUGUUGAGAGGGUAGGAGAGAGAGGCAUGGUGGUGGAAGGCUGGGCUCCUCAAGUGAAGAUUUUGCUGCAUCCAAGCAUUGGUGGCUUUGUGAGUCACUGUGGGUGGAGCUCAGUGAUGGAGGGAAUGAAGUUGGGAAGUCCAAUCAUAGCCAUACCAAUGCACCUUGAUCAGCCUGUAAAUGCCAGGUUGGUGGAGGAGAUAGGGGUUGGCAUGGAGGCUGUGAGGGACAAGAAUGGGGUGCUUGAUCGAAAAAAUGUGGCCGAGGUGAUUCAGAAGGUGGUGGUUGACGAUAGUGGGGAGACGGUGAGGAGCAAAGCAAGGGAGUUGAGUGAAACCCUAAGUAUCAAAGGGGAGGAGGAUAUAGAUGGAGUGGUGGAGGAGUUGAUGAGGCUUUAUAGCCAGAAAAAGAGACAAGAGUAAUCAGUUGGUACUGUUAGAAUUCAAGUUAAGGUGCUUU